AUGAAAUUCUUAAUACGAUCGGCGGGUGGAGCUAUCUUAGACUUCAAAAUGAAUUUAAAAAAAGUAUGGAAAAUAGAAAAAGGAGGUCUGAAAUUCACGAAGGCGCGGUAUACAAAAGUAGAUCGAUCUCAAAAACUAUUGAAGAAAUGG